GAACCCCGAGGAAGCCAAGCCAAGGCAAGGCAGACAAUCGAGCUGUGCGGCCACACGCCACGAUUGCAACGCAGCGUGCUCGAGAGUCGUAAACGAAUACUCUCUGCAAUCGUGCAUUGCUUCUGCUUGGAGCCCCACUUCUUCUUCUGUAGCCCAGGUUUUGCCGCAUGCAUUUUUUUUUAAAAUUUUUUAUUCUCUUUUUGGUGAUAGUGUGUUCGAGCUUGCGACAAAAAACAGACGAGAGGAGGAGUUUUGAGGCGAUGGGAAGCCAUUGAUGACUCUUGCCUUCCGCUGUCUCAUGACUGGAUACUGGGCGCCAUGAAUCUCUCGUUGAUUGAUCCAUUUCAAAGCGACUUUCCAGAAGUUAUAGAAGAGUACUUGGAACACGGAGUCACUAAGUGCAUUGCAUUCAAUCGAAGAGGAACGCUUCUUGCAGCUGGAUGCAAUGAUGGAUCGUGCACCAUUUGGGAUUUUGACACUCGAGGCGUCGCAAAGGAGCUUCGUGAAAAAGAAGUUGCUUCCCCCAUCACAAGCGUGAGUUGGUCAAAGUGUGGCCAUCGUCUUCUCUCUGCUGCCACCGAUAAAACUCUAUCACUUUGGGAUGUUGGGAAGGGCCUCAAAAUUGGCUCGGUCAUCUUACAACAGUCGGCACUUCAUGCGCGACUUUACCCGGGAACUAAGCGGCCAUCUGUGUGCUUGGCCUGUCCAAUGUCUGGCGCGCCAAUACUGGUAAACUUUGAAACGGGGGAGAUACAUGCGCUUCCUGUGUUAGUCUCUUCAGGUGAUGGGGAAAAUGGUGUUUCGCAUGCUCGUGGUGGUAAAUUUGGGGAUGCGAGUGCACCUUAUUCCCCUUCAGCAGCUAGUUUUAAUAAGAAAGGAGACCUUAUAUAUGUUGGAAAUUUCAAGGGAGAGAUAUUGGUGAUUGACACAGAAACAAGACAAACCCGUACAGUUGUGCAGGUUCCAGGAAACGCUGCAAUUAGACAGAUUGUGUUCAGCCGCAACGGCCAGUUCCUUCUUACGAAUUCUACAGACCGUAUCUUGAGAGUGUUUGAGAACCUUCUGCCAAGAGAUGGUGCCGCCAAAGCUCUGGCAUCUUUAAUUGAUCAGAAAGAACAAGGAGCCACUAUGUCUCGAGAUGUUCCAUGUCUCAAGUUCACAAAAGAUUUUCAAGAUGCUGUAAAUAAGAUGCACUGGAAGGCCGCUUGUUUCAACGGGGAUGGUGAGUGUGUGGUUGGAGCCUCAGCUAACAAAGGAGAGCAUAAAAUCCACAUUUGGAACAGGAAUUUUGGGCAACUGGCUCGCAUAUUGGAAGGUCAGAAGGAAGGACUGGCUGAUUUAGCUUGGCACCCAACUCGUCCAGUAGUUGCCUCAGUGUCUAUGUCAGGGAUAAUAUACAUAUGGGCUAAAGAUUAUACUGAGAAUUGGAGUGCGUUUGCACCUGACUUCAAAGAGCUGGAAGAAAACGAGGAGUAUGUAGAGCGAGAAGAUGAAUUUGACAUAAUGCCCGAGACUGACAAGGUCAAGCCAACACGGGUGGAUGAAGAUGCUGAUGUGGAUAUAAUGACAACGGAGAAGGUGGCUGCAUUCAGCGACAGUGAUGAAUCUGAGGAUGGGCUUUACUUUUUGCCGACAGUACCAGAUCGUGAUGCUUCCCCUCCACGUCCUCCGUCUUCUCCUGUGGCUUCUCCUAACACGGCAUCUGUUCCAAAGGUGGAUGGUAGUAUGACACCAUCAAAUUCUGCAGGUUCUCAAGACUCGGAUACCGAACCAGAUGGUCAGAAUACAGAACAAAACUCUGAGGAUGAUGAGGUUGGUGCCAACGGCCGCAUCAAGCGCAGGCGAAAGUUGUCAAAGAAAGCAGCAGAGCUUCAAGCAGAGAGAGGCCGUAAAGUCUCAGUCAAGAAGUCUGGUUCGAAGUUGGGAAAAGGUGAAGCCAAAGGUUCGGUGUCAGUUCCCAGCAAACUUAUUUUUACUGAUAUAAAUGGAGGACCUUCAAGUGUCACCCCUAAAUUGAAGAAACAUAUGUUGCAAGAUCCUCGAGGAUAUGCUGAUGACGAGCAGGAGCUUUCGAUUCCGAAGAAGAAUAUCAAGCGCGUGCAACGGCUGAAACCCGUUGCAUCAUUAUCACACAACAAUGACACAAGUUCAGCUUAUGGAUCUCCAUCCAUGUAAUAUAUGUCACAAUUGAUCAGUUUGGGUGGAAUCCUGUAAUGACGGCCUCUCUAGUUACCUCUCGUUCAGCUGUGACUCAUAAAACGAACACUCUGUAGCUUGCCGCGCCAAUUUUAAACUCUGGUAUUCUUGUGUGACGAAAAUUCUCUUUGAUGAUUUAUUGAACUCGUUUGUUUCUUCCAUUC